AGUCAAUCAAGAUCGAGAAGGCAAAAACCGUCAUAUAAAUCAUGAUACAAACAGACUGAACGGCGGAUGCUCAUCAGCACACAGACAGCAGUUGACACAAUGAUUAUUAAGAUGAGUGAAAAAUGAUUAAAGCAGUGCCCAUUCAAAAACAAAUUUCUGUAAAAUCUCCAACUUCGCAGCGAUUUUCAGAACCUGAAAAUAUGACAACGGUUGAUUUGAACAAGAAUGGAUAUUUGCCAAAUGAUACCCAGGGUGAAUUAAAACCAGACACAAUUGAAAAAUUUAAUAUAACAAAAAUAAUAAAGUCACUAUUAGUAGGAAUUGGAAUUUUCAUAUUGUUAGGGUUGUGCACCACCAUUUUAAUAUUAAUAAUACAUCGAGGUUCUUAUAGAAGCAUACAAGAGCUUAAUAAAAAAUCUCAGACACAAGAAACAUCUUUAAAACGUUUAUUAAAUAAUAAAGAAAUGAUCAAAGCAUGUAAAACAUCAAAAAAUUUUGAAGACUGUUGUAACAUAUUUUACAAAUCAAAAGAAGUUAAGAAGUGUAGUGUUCAAAAGGUAUUAGAUCUUUUCUUGCAAUACGAAUUGGAAUCUAACAAUCGUCUUAAACGGCAAAAUUAUGAAGAGUACAAUUUUGAUUACCCUCCGGAAUAUUAUAAUGAAGAUAUAUAUCCAAACUAUAAUUUUGACUAUGAACCACAAGCUUACGAUUUCAAUGGCAAUAGUGAAAUUAUUCCUGACGAAAGUAAUAAAUAUUUUAGUUAUGAUCAUUACAAUAAAAUAGAAGAAUAUAAUGAAUUAAGCUUCACAAAUAAAAAAACUAAAGUACAACAGCUGACAAAGACGAAACCUCUUCCUACAAGAAAGGAGUUCGACACUGUCAAAUCCUCUUCCAUCCUAAAGUCUUCAAACCCAAUCCAAGAAACCAACACAUGGUCAACUACAACAAUACUACCUAAAACUUGUGUUGACGACAAAAAUUGUCCAACUGUCAUCAAGGCUACUACCAAAAUUGCAAACAUUAGCAACCUAGUUGCGGAACCCGGUCAUUUAAAAAUAGCUUUAAAUGAAACAAAGAUAAAAUUAACACCAAAUUUAGAAAGCAGUCCACGAAUUAGUCAAGGAACCGAAUUUGAAUUGAAACCGUCUGGAGAAAUACAAACUUCGAGUCAACCAAAACAAGUCAAUCCGUGUUUUUACCCUUUUCCGGGGUCUUUUAUUUCACCAUAUUCACCUCCAAUAAAUUUCGACCCUAAUAAUUACGGACGUGUGGCAAAUAUUCAACAUCAACCACUAUAUAUCAUUAAUCCUCCGAUGUACCCUUCUGUUGCAAUGCCUUACCAAGGAUAUGGAAAUUACCCAAACCUACAAACUACCAAUAAAUACCCAAUUCAAGUUGCUGGAGCAGGGGGGCAAUUCUACUUGUGUAAUCCUCUUUCAGUCCCAAAUAAUAAUGUUGCUGGUUUGCAAGGUGUCGAAAUAAGACGCAUGUCGGAAAUUUUCAAUCUUCAAGAUUCAGUACAAGAAACAAAAAAACAAGAGCUUGCAUUUAACAUAAAUAAAACACGAGACGCUGUAGAAUGUCCACUUGGAACUCGUGGUUGCAAUGAUGGCUCUAAAUGUAUUCACGAUCGACAGUUUUGCGAUAAUGAAGUCAAUUGUGACGAUGCAAGUGACGAGUUGAAUUGUUCUUGUAAAAGUCGUGUUGGUGCAAUACGCUGGUGUGACGGGUACCUUGAUUGUCCGAAUGGAGAAGACGAACAAGAAUGCUUUGGUUGUCGACACGAUGAAUUUAGUUGUGAUGACUGGUCUAGGUUUCAAAAAAGCACAUGCAUACCAUUAUCACAAAGAUGUGACGGUAUUAAACAUUGCGAAAUGACAGGAAAAGACGAAGAAGAUUGUUCAAUUCUUACAGACCAUGUUGGUCAACACUCGUUUUAUAAAAUGUCAAAUGCUGCUGGAUUUCUGCACCGGAACUAUAAAGGAAAAUGGUAUCCCACCUGUUUCGGAGUCGACAUUUUUUCCCUAGAUGUUUGUAGAACUGAAGCAGGGCCGAGUGAAAUAUUACCCAAAACUAAUUUAAUAACCAGUAACGACAAUUAUAUCGGACCUUUUCUUGGAGUUUCCUCAACCAAUGGAAUUGUUUUAUCUAAUGAUUGUAUAAGAAAUAAGGCAGUUUUUGUAGAGUGCCCGCCAAUGUUUUGUGGCUUAAGAUUGACAGUAACAAACCCUUUUCGUAUUGCAGAAGUGGACACAAGUGCUGAAGAACUCUUAGCACGCAUGCACCACAGUAGACUAGCAACUGAUGAACUCGUUGGUAAUUCUAGAGUAGUUGGAGGCAAAGCAAGUCAACCAACAGCCUGGCCAUGGGUUGUUUCUAUUUACAAAAACGGGGUUUUUCACUGUGGGGGUGUUCUUAUUAAUGACUUGUGGAUUUUGACUGCAGCUCAUUGUGUAGACAGAUUUUGGUUUUUCUAUUAUGAGAUUCAAGUCGGUAUUUUAAGGCGAUUUUCGUAUUCACCAAUGGAACAAAGUCGCUGGGCUACUGUAGCCAUUCCUCACGAAAGCUAUAAUAAAAGAUCACUUAAAAACGAUAUAGCCUUAAUGAAAUUAUCAAAACCAGUCCGAUUUAACAGAUACGUUCGCCCCAUUUGUUUACCAUCUGAAAUGACUGCUGGUGAUGAUUUCCUUCGUGGUCCUAAACCAAACACUGUUUGCGUUACUGUUGGUUGGGGAGCUACAGUCGAGCAUGGAACAGACCCUGAUCAUUUAAGGGAAGUAGAAGUUCCAAUUUUGCCCACUUGUAAACACAUUGAAGACAAAGAAGGAGACGAGAUUUGUGCUGGAUUGUCGGAAGGAGGACGAGAUGCCUGUCAAGGGGAUAGUGGAGGCCCUUUGAUGUGCCAAAAUGAAAAAAAUCGGAGUCAGUGGUAUCUCGCUGGUAUUGUCAGUCAUGGUGAAGGUUGUGCUAGGCCAAAUGAACCAGGAGUAUACACAAAAGUCAGCAAAUAUAUCGGAUGGAUACAUGAAAAUAUUAAUGGUAAAACUGUGGGAAGAGAACCUUUACAAAAAUGUCCCGGAUAUGUAUGUCGGGGCACGAAAAAGUGUUUGGCAAAGAAAAGACGUUGCGAUAAAAUUGUGGACUGUCUAUUUGGUGAUGAUGAAACAAACUGUUGGCAGUCCCAUACACAAUCUCUCUUUCGGUCAAAUAUUGUAGGAAGCAAGCACCAAGGGUUAAUGAAUGAUUUAUUAAGUUUGCUUCAUUUAAAUAAUUCUUCUGAAGAGACAGAUGAUGUGUCAACAGAGUCUCAAAAUAGUACCGAAAGUGUAGAAAUUAAAGCAAAUCUACCCAAAUAUUUUACGUGUGAGAAAAUGUUGCAGACAAUACCAUAUGAUGAGAAAUGUAAUAAAGUGGUAAACUGUGAGGAUGGUACAGACGAAGCUGACUGUUCGUGUGUAGAUUACCUGAAAAGAUUUCAUAAAGAUGCAAUUUGUGAUGGUGUAACAGACUGUAAGGACAUGUCGGAUGAAGCUAAUUGCGUAAAAUGUCCAACAAACCAGUAUUUAUGUCGCAUAGGUCAAAAAUGUAUUCCUUUGGAAAACCGCUGCGAUGGGAACCUAAACUGCAUUAGCGGCGAAGAUGAAUGGGACUGCGUCUCCCUUACGGAUGGGAGGACAUUAGUGCUGGACAGUGAUUUACGUCCCAAGCAGAGCAUGAAAGGUAUAAUUACAAUCAAUCGUUUCGGUGUCUGGAGACCACUCUGCACCAACGCGUCCAUCGACAACGCAGCAUCCAUCGCCGCAAAUGUUUGCAAUUUGUUAGGCUUUGAAGAAUACACAGCUUUCCAUAAAUUAUCCGUCGCAGAUAAGCCACUGAAUGUCACAAUCGACGGCUUUGAACGAUACCAUUCCUCAUUAGACGAGCUCCCUGUUUGCGGUGGCUUGUUUGUCGGCUGUUUGAACGUGUCUUUAGAAGACAACGUACACGAGCUCCAUCAAGAUAACAUUACCAGUCAAGUGGAACUUUACACUUCACCUUGGAACGCCGUGAUUUAUUCGGAUGGGAAAUUUAGUUGUACAGGAACGAUUCUCAAUCCGCAUUGGAUUAUUACCGCCAAAGCAUGUUUCCCAAAGCAAUUACCAAUUAAUAAAUACGUUACUGCACUUGUGGGAAAAGGAAAAGCUCAUUUCGACGUGGAGGGACCACACGAACAAAUUUUAACCGUGGAUAACGUAGCUUUUGUAAAUGAAAGUGAAGCUAUUCUGCUUCAUACACAGCAAAAAAUCAACUUCAACAGAUACGUUAAAGCGGCACAAAUAACCACAAAAUCUGUCUUCAUCAAAGAACACUGCGUUGCAAUUGGCUUUGAAAAUAAAAGAAACAAAAUAGUGCUUUUGCAACCCAAAAAAGACUGUGCCCUUGGGUUUCGGUGCUUCGAAAUAGUCGACAUUUGCAAGAACAAAACAAAAUUAGAGCCAUGGCAUGGCGUAAUCACUUGUAAUUCCAGAAAUGGUUGGUAUGCAACAGCAAUUUACACUAGAAUCGAAGAAUUUUGCAAUUCAUCACAAAGACAAUUCCAGACAAUUGAUAAAAAUAAAAUAGGUUUUGCUAUGGGAAACGAACUUGAAAAAAUCUCUCCGAUGGAAUGUUCUGGUUUCAGAUGCCUUAUAGGAAAUUGUAUUAAUAAGAAUCAAUUUUGUGACGGUGUUUCCGACUGCAGGAACGGCGAAGAUGAAGAUUCAAACGAAUGUUUAAAAUUAGAGGAUGAGUGUCCUCUUUUGACCAACUGUACAAACUAUUCUCCAUGCAAAUCGACUGAAUUUAGGUGCAAGAAUGGCGAUUGUGUUCCAAAAACCGCGUUUUGUGACAAUAUUGAUGAUUGUAAAGACAAGUCUGAUGAACCGGACGAAUGUUCCUGCAGGCCUUAUUUAGAAAGAGUUCAUCCCGAAAAAAUCUGCGAUGGGACUGUCAAUUGUUGGGACAGAUUUGAUGAAAAAAACUGCUCUUGUGGAUUUAAAUCCGGUGAAAAAUGUGGCGAAACGGAUCUGUGCGUUUCGCAAGAAAUGAUCUGUGACGGGUUUCAAGACUGUCCCGGCGGCGAAGACGAGAGUGUUUGCUAUUCAUUCAGAACGACAUUAGCAAAUUACAAUAGCGGAGAAGUGUUUAGACGCACCGCAGGCGUUUGGCAUUCUGGUUGUUUCGCACGAAACCAUACCACUACUGAGCUGGAGGAAAUUUGCAAAAAGCUGGGAUUUGCUGGCGGCAGUGCCAAACAACUUGUACCACCUGAAGAUACAAAUCCAGCUUUGAAACCUGUAAAAGAUCGGUUCGAUGUCGUGUGGACUCUAAGCAAAGGAAGUAAACUCAAGUUGCGACUCCGCACCGGAAAUGAACCAUACGUGAAAUUUGUUGAGGAUUCCGACUGUCAUAAACUGUAUUUAGAGUGUCUUUAAUUUAAUAAAUAAGAGAAAAAAUUUCAAUAAAUUAUCU